AUGGGGAUUCUUGACGACACAAAUCCUCAUGACCACCACCAUCUCUGUCGCCGCUAUGUUCGACUACGGGACAAGGUGUAUAUGAACUCUCCAUUUAAGCAGCCGUUAGGUGCUUCACGUGUUUGGGCUCGGGGAGUGUUUCAGGGACUAAUUGAAGGCAGUUGGAUCUACUAUGGCGGACGAGCUUCUAAAAGUAAGUCUAGGUUGGUCCCAACUCAGAGAGGCUUUAAAAGAAAGCCUAGAGGACCGAAAUUGUCUCAAGGGGAGGGGAUGCAGAAUGAUAAUAGGAGUCUUAGUAUCCAAGAACUACUAGGGAUUCAGAGUCAUAAAAGAAGUGCAGAGUUGAUAUGUAAGAAAAAUCUUUUAGAGAGUCGGAUCUUUGACAAAUCCCCGUCGCUAGGGAAAGCGGUCACAGUAGUCCAUGACAACAUUACCGUCAUCUCAUUCUCCAUUAGUAGCCCCAGUGGAUCCUAUUGCUUCAAUUCCCAUCAGCUACAUCCCAACACUGACGCCACCGUUUGCAGUUGUUCCUACAUAGGCUCCUACACCUACACCAGUGCCUAUGCAGCCGCCUAUGCCACUGCCGAUUGUUAUUGCUACUCCUGCGACCACACCACCUCCGCCACCACCUUUUGUCAAAGCAAUUUAUGUAUUUUUGUGUCGAAACCACCUCUUCCGAUUAUCUAA